GACAAAUAGAACAAGACGCUUGAUUAAGAAUGUCUGCACUUUCGUAGUUCUGGGUUCCCUUUCACCUUUACUUCCUUUGAUAAUACAGCUGGUAUUUCCCAUCAGAGAGCUCUAUACGGAGACUAUGAUAUUUUCCUUGUCCUUUUUGGUGAUUCUGACUCUUUUAGAGCCAGUCCAUCUCCUGGGAGAGUCUUGCACAUCCUCUGCCGACUGCGGAAACACAGAAUGUUGUGUAGCAGAAGAUAGGCGUAUGCGCCGCUUCCUUUUCGGACCUUCCAAAGGAACCUGCCACGCACGCCGUUACCAAGGCCAGACCUGUCACGUGUUCCUGAUCCACGACUUCGGUAACCCUAACAUGUACAUGAACUACUGCCCGUGUGAGGAGGGGCUGACGUGCCGGGGGGAAACAGUGGACAUUCACGGAAGUCAGCACGUCCACCACAACCCUAAGUGUAUACCCGCGGACCAGACUACCACCACGCAGGCGCAAAAUUCUCCAAGCAGCACGGGGCCAAGUACUGGAGAAGUAACCGUAAUAGGAUGAUGUUACUGUACAAAUUCUAAUUGUGAUUCGGAACUUUUUCGCAAAUAUGAAAUGAACGUCUUAGUCAUGCACUAAAGAAACGAUGACCUUGAAAAAAUGAAUAAA